GUGAUUCAGCAGAUUUUGGUACAGCACAGUGACCUUGCCUGCGGGUUACUCUGCAACAGCAUUAACCCAUCUGAUCACACAGGCAGGAUGGUGCAAGGCAGUUUAUGCUCUAUGGACUGCUAAAGUCAACUGAGUUAUCAGGAGAAAGCCACCAGGAGCACAGAGGGCAGCGUGUCUUCUGAUGCCACUCUUCAUUCACUGUCUCCUACAAUUGUCUUUGCUGAGAGUUUUCCCCAGGUCAGAUUCAAAGAAACUUUUUUGGCAGAAAGAGAAAAACACCUUCUAUGUCCAAGAAUUAAUGUCAUCAGAACCAAAUGUCCUGAAAGAAUAUCUCCAUCAGUAAGGAAGGGAAGGAGGCUUAUGAAGGAUUCAGGCUGAAGUAGCUGAUGUGACUUAUGUCAAUCUACUAACAGAGUCCAAAGACCAUAAAAUAUGAAAAUAAAAUGUGGAUUGCUGCCACAGCAUUUUUUUAAACUGUGUGAGCUUUUCAGACAUCAGAUUCUUUUUAACUAGCAGGCUGCUAAAUGAUGAGAAGAAAAAGCCUGCAAUUUUCUGCUGGCAAAGGUAUUUGCAUUGAUCCUGAGUUCUCUUGAAACUCAUCUGUGUACACAGUCAUCACUAGCCAGCAGUUUAUUUUCUGUAGGUGACUAAACACACCUAAUUGGUUUGGGUUGGUUUUUUUUUCUUUGUUUGUAUAAGCAAUAGGAGUUUCCCAUUGGUGUUUGCAGAUCUCUUUGUAGGAGGGGCAAGAGACCUUAAUAUCUCACAGCAAAGGUGCUGAGAGGUGGGAGUGAGCUACUCUGUGUACAAGAUAGCAGGAACUCGGGCACGUGGAAACAUGUCUGGGAAGCCCAUCCUGCACUACUGCGAUGCACGAGGCCGAAUGGAAUCAAUACGCUGGCUACUAGCAGCAGUGGGAGUUGAGUUUGAAGAACGCUUGCUGCAAACAAAGGAUGAUCUGAUGAAGUUGCGGAAGAGUGGAACCCUGAUGUUCCAGCAAGUGCCCAUGGUGGAGAUUGAUGGGAUGAAGAUGGUGCAGACCAGAGCUAUCCUCAACUACAUAGCAGCGAAGUACAACCUCUAUGGGAAGGACCUGAAGGAAAGAGCCCUAAUUGAUAUGUACGUGGAAGCAAUAAUAGAUUUGAAUGAGUUAUUCAUGAUGCAUGAGAUCCUCUCAGGAGAUAAAAAGAAAGAACAGUUUGCUAAUAUUGUGGACAAGGCCACAAACAGAUACUUCCCAGUCUUUGAGAAGGUUCUGAAAGACCAUGGACAAGACUUCCUUGUUGGCAACCAGCUGAGCAGGGCAGACGUGCAGUUACUUGAAGCCAUUUUAAUGGUAGAAGAGGGGAAGCCUGAUGUACUUGCCAAAUUUCCUCUGCUGCAGAGUUUUAAAGCAAGAAUAAGUAAUAUCCCCACAAUAAAGAAAUUCCUGCAGCCUGGCAGCCAGAGGAAACAACCAAUAGCAGAGAAAAAUAUUGAUGCAGUGAUGAAAAUUUUCUCCUGAGAAGCAACCACGACCCCCAGAAACUCCAUUUCUUUGCUUUUGCUGAUAGUGUCAAAGGGAAAUGAAUGGAAAGAGCAAGAAGGUUUUUGAUCUCUCUUUUCUCAGCAACAGGACUUGUUUUAACCAGUGCAAACACUUUAGAGAUAAAUUAACAUGAGCAUCCCAGCAAAUGACGGUGUUUACUGAAUUAGGGCCCACUGUGGACAACACAGGAUGAGAACACCUGAAAUAAAGUCUUGCUAUUGGCACUCAAAA